AUGUCAUCUCUAGUCAAAUCAUUCGGAUACAAUGUGAGCGGGCAGCUUUUCGCGAGAAUUAUCUCGUUCGCAAUUAAUAUGUAUCUUCUAAGGGUCAUCAAUAAUGAUGUUAUCGGACUAGUGAAUGUUCGCUUGAAUCUAAUGUAUAGCACAAUCUUAUUCCUAACAAGAGAGCCAAUGAGAAAAGCGAAUAUUGAUCGAGAUUCGGUUCCUCAAUUUGUAAAUAUUUUAUGGCUCAGUCCGAUAAUCGCCACAAUCCUAAGUGUGAUUUGCUUGGCGAUCUGGAGCAUUUUCUCGACGACAUCGGAAAAUGUCUCGUUAUUCGUUCUCCUUUCAUUCCCAUUAUCUUCAAUAAUUGAGGCAUUUGCCGAACCAUUUGCCACGAUUUCUUUGCGGUAUUCGCUGGGUCGACAUUUUGCGAUUGGACAAGGUGUUUUGAUAUGUAUGAAACGGAUUUUCGUAUUUGCGGCAUUGUUUAUUCUUCCCAAUGUGUAUCAUUUGGAUUUAUUCGCCUACGCGCAGUAUUUCGGCUCGAUUGUCUACUUGAUUUUCCAUGUUUCUGCUUUCCUCAUUUACAUGAAAGGCGAAUCGUAUCCAGAGCUCGAAAAAUUCCAGGGAUUCCGAAGCCUUCUUCCAGAUCCUUCACAAGGCGUUGAUACCGAGUCCGUGAAAGCCGUUUCUACAAUGUUCUCGCAUUCGAUUCUAAAACAGUUCAUCGCCGAAGGAAGCGCCUAUGUGAUGACUUUCACCGAGCUUUUGAGUCUCAAACAGCAAGCAGUCUACGAUGCCGUCGAAAGAAUUGGAAGUCUUGUUGCUCGCGCAAUUUUGGCUCCUCUAGAGGAAAACGGAUUCGCAUAUUUCUCGAAUGCGAUUCAUAAGCAAAGCACCGUAUUCAAUAAGAGCACCAAGGAGCAUGAUGAGCUCAUCAAGACGCUUUCUAAUAUUCUUCAUAUCGCUGGAGUCAUUGGAUUCGUCGCUUGCGCUUUCGGAGUUCCAUAUUCUCCUACCGCCAUCUAUCUUUAUGGCGGAGAUCUACUGUAUUCGAAUGGAGGUUCCGUUCUGCUAUCCCUUUACUCUAUAUAUCUCUUCAUCAUGGCGGUUAAUGGAAUUACCGAAUGUUUUGCAAUGGCUAGCAUGAACAAUCGCGAAGUUCUCACUCAUGGAAGCUUCCUACUGCUCACCGCGUUGGGUCAGCUUUUCUUGAAUUUCGUGCUCUGCUAUUAUUUCAAUUCGCCGGGAUUCAUUAUCGCCAACAUUGUGACCAUGAUGAUCAGAAUUGGAUACAGCUGGAGGCAUAUUUCGAACUAUCUUGGUCCACGUACCCCGUCAUUCUUCACAAUUCUGCCGACGUUUGACACAAUCACUUUCAUUUUUGCAUCAUUCUUCGCAACCAGCUUCUCUUAUUUGAUUUUCGGCACAACUCCAGGAUUGUCGUAUCUGUUCUCCCACCUGGCAAUCGGCGCAGUUCUAUUCUCUCUUCUCGCCAUGAAUAUUGCCCAACAUGAUCCAGUGUUCGCGAAUAUUGUCAAUUCGUAUCUGAAACCCCAUAACGUGUAA